AUGGACCCCACAGGUUUGUUCCGGAAGGCAAAUCGACAAUAUUUCGCAAGCUCGCCGCCACUUGCUAUGCGUUUGGUCCAACGUUUGCAAAGCCUACCGCUGCUUUUUGAUGAAAGGAGCUCACCAAAGCCAAAAGCCAGUGCGUGGAAUUAA